AUGGCGGAAGAAUCCGGGUUCAUAGUAACGUUGGACACAAAACUCUUCUGGAUGCUUUUCGUUGGCUACAUCACGUGGAAGCUGACAUCGUUGCUCGAUCCCCUCAUGGAGAACGAGCUGAUGCCACGGAUCCACGCCGCGUUCGAACGGCGUUGGCCGCUUCAUCCGGCGAGAGCCUCAGAGGCCGGACCAGGCCCAGCCAGACACCCGGGCCAGUCUCUGCCGCGGGAGCUGUCGUGUCCGGUAACCAGCCCGGCCCAGCUCGAGAGGCUGUCGCGUCCGGUAACCAGCCCGGGCCAGUCUCAGCCGCGGGGCCUACAAGCAGUGGCACCCCGCGCCGACGUCGCUUUGGCUCCUCCAGGUGGGGGUCGGAUUGAAAAGUCCGAUUCGCUGACCUGGGCCAAGGGUAGACGAAAGGCGUCACGAGCAUCCACCGCCAGUCACUGGGUCAAGCCUCAGAGGUGGUUCUGCCGUAGUGGCAACACUGCGGUAGUAAUCAGCCUCUAACCAGUGACGACAAUAGAGUCAGCGAAAAGCAUCCACAAGAGCUUUGUGUCGG